GUGUCCAGAGUGUAUUGUGUUAAGGGCCUUAAGGCAAUGGUGGUAGAACGGAGGAAGAAGGUUAUGGAGGUGGGGCUGGGGGUGGAGGGGUUGUGGGUGUGGUGGAUUGGGGCAACAAAGGCUAAUGUUAGUGGCUUGGAGGAAGUGGUGAGGGUCUGUGGAGGGUUCAAAUCAAAUUUCAAAUUGGAAGCAUGGGGAUAG